CUGGGUUCGGCUCGGCAUGCAGAGCGCGCUGCUCCUGGCGGUGCGGCACGGCGGGCGCAUGGAGCGGGGCAGCCGCCGCCGCAGCGAGCCGGAGGAGACGGAUAAGGGCAGGAUGAAGAGAACGAUCAUUAAGGAUUGGAAAACAAGACUGAGCUACUUCCUGCAGAAUUCUUCCAAUUCUAGUAAAAGGAAAUCUAAGAAUGCAGGGAAACGCCGCAACUACUUCAGACCUUCCCCUGAAGAAGCCCAGCUGUGGUCAGAAGCCUUUGAUGAACUUCUUGCUAACAAAUAUGGUCUUGCUGCUUUCCGAGCUUUUUUGAAGUCUGAGUUUUGUGAAGAAAACAUUGAGUUCUGGUUGGCCUGUGAGGACUUUAAGAAAACGAAAUCGCCCCAAAAGCUGACAUCGAAAGCAAAGAAAAUUUACAAUGACUUCAUUGAAAAGGAGGCUCCCAAAGAGAUAAACAUAGACUUCCAGACCAAGAACAUGAUUGCACAGAACAUCCAGGGACCCACCCACACCUGCUUCAGUGCAGCACAGAAGAGAGUUUACAGCUUAAUGGAGAAUAACUCCUACCCGCGGUUUUUGGAAUCGCAAUUCUACCAGGAACUGUGCAAGAAGACACCUAUCAGCAGGGCAGCCCAGGGUACAUGAGCGAUAGAGAGAAGCAGCCUCUAGGCUGGUGAGGAAGCCACGCUACAGCUUGUGAGCAGCAUCCUGACCCAAAAGGCUGGGCUGCUGAGCGGUCAGCCUGUUUGCCACGGUACAAGGACAAACACUGACUUUGGUGCAGAGCUGGUGGCCCAGAGUGAUGCUGUUGGAGAGUGUUCAGGGGACGUGGCAGAAGUGUGCCAGCAGCUGUUGGCACUUCCCUUCUCCGUCAGUGCUGCAGCGAGAGGUGGCUGUGUAAGGAGCCCUUGUCACGGCCGAGGAAUGAUGCGGCAGGUCUGGAGAGAGCUUCCUUCUUGUGAACAAAAGCUGCUCUCUGCUCUUGGGCGCUGCUGGGAACUUGAGUAAUUGGUUGCCUGUUUAUUUUUCCUAAACAUCCCUCAGUGCUGUUGUUGUCUG